AACUAAUCAUCUUAGCCUUGAAACAAGUGAGAAGAUGUAAUGGCCACAUAAUGGGCAUAGAUUGAUGCUGCUGGUAAUUGGAAAGAAGCAGCUUCAUGUCAGUGAACACUUGCUCAAGGCUUGAACCCAUUUAGAUUAGACUCCUGAAGCAAAAAGUAGUCCAAACGACUUAUCAAUCAUAAAAAUUAAUUAAUUAUCCUACUGUAGAUAACUAUAUGCUCAAACUGUACUUGAAAUUUCUCAUGAAAUUACUUGGUAGAGGCUUUGGGAUAGUGAGUUCAAAGGAUGAGGUAAGGAGGAACAAUGAGAGAGCUUGUGUUCAUUGACUCCUCUUUUUUCGAGUUCAAAAACAUGAUAAGCUGUGCAAAAACAUUAAAAGAUUAGAUUAUGUAAUAAUCAAAUCAUGUAUACCAGUUAGAUACAGUUUUACUGCAUAAAUUCUUCCUAGGCGAUUGAUCAUUUGGAAAAGUGAAAAUGUACAAUUGAAUGCAUAAAGAGCAGUUUUACAUUUCUCUUAAGGCUGAUUUCCACGAGGCGAAUUUCGCAGCGAAUUCGCGGCGAAAUCGCUGAUGAAGGCAUCAAGGCAUGCGCAGUUUUGAUUUUUGAUUUCGCAGCGAAUUCGCAAGAAAGUAGAAAAGAGUUCUACUUUUUCUCGGCGAAAUAUUUCGCAGCACCUAAUAGCCAGUCAAAGCAUGGUAAAUUUGCUUGAUUUGUAAGAAAACAAUCUUGGAACAUUCGUCAUGCGUGCAGUUCUUAAAAUAGGCGCCUUAAAGUUGAGUUUUGGAGGAAAUUAUUAUAUAAUUUCGCAGCGAAUUCGCAGUCUCGUGGAAAUCAAAGAUAAUUUCGCCUCGUGGAAAUCAGCCUUUAGACAUCUCAGAACUGAACAUGAUUGUAUCCUUACUGUAGAUCUUCCAGUUGGUUUUUUCCGGUUGGGCUGUUGUCCUUUCGCAGAGCUGUAAAGACUAAUCCAAUCACUGCCAAGAAAUGCGCCAUUGCUCUACCAAAGCUCUCGAUUUCCUCUUAAAGUCGAUAAGUUUCACUCAGCAUUUGUUUCUGUUUUAUUAAGGACAAGCCAAAGAAACGGACAGAGGUAUGGACUUCGAAGUUUGGAAAAUUAAAGAAAUAUGAAGAUUUCAAGAUAGGUAAAGUGUUGUUUAUUUCACAUUUAAAACAUUCCAGAAAAACACAGAGAACAGGCUUUUCAACGUAAGAAUAAACAAUCGAAGCAAUGAACAAUAAUAAUCUUGUAUACUACUGAUACAUUAACGCGUUUAACAAUCAUUCGCGCAACAGGUCUGGGCAAGUGAUUGUCAUAAACAAUGUAGUGGAAUGGAAUGUGUUCAGCAACCACUGAGGCGUUUGAUCUGGAUUAAAAGAAAAAUGAGGCCCAGGAAGAAAUCCGCGAGAAAAGUAACUCCCGUCUCGAGACUGCGAGAAGAGGUGAAAAUCCGUGAGUCUCACGGCCAAACUGUGAGACUUGGCAACCUUGUUAUUAUUCUCGAAUAUUUAUACAGGAUAAUACUUCAGUAGUGAUAUGCAUUUAUACAUAUUUACACUGUUUUUCUAGUAGUCCUGGUAAAAUAAACAAACAUAAGCAAAAAUGAGAUUAAAAAUUAGUUUACAAUCAGCAUUUAUAAAAUAUAAUUUGAAAGCGGAAAACAAAUCCGGACAAGGGGGAUAAAGUAGAGUUGUAUAAAAGAGAGUUAUAAGGUUGAGAGUUUACGUUAAAGUAUAAAAGCUCUUCAAUUUAUUUUUGAAGGAAAUAAAUCAUUUUCUGUUCGAAAUUCUUUUGGAAGUUUGUUGAAUAAUGAGGCACCUUGUUAGUAACAGGAUGCUCUUGCUUUUUCCAGAUUAAUUCUCUGGUUUUAAUCAUUGUGCCAUUGUUUCUGGUAUUUACAUUGGAGUUUUUCAUUGUAAAAUACAAUGCCUGCCAAAAGUCUUGGAACACUGACAUCAAUUUCCAAGGUCAAAAUCAAUCAUUCCCCUCUCCCCUACAGAACAAUGUUGGUUUACUAUAAAACGGGUUAAGAUUUUAGGAAGCACUUUCUUUUGCGCUUCUUUUAUGAAAUUUCUCUAAAUCAUCAACAUUGUUUAAGGGGGAAGGGGGCGGAAGUAGCAAUUUUUUUCAUGAAAGGAAUGAAAGAUAUCAAAUGCAGCGUAAACUGCUGGGUGUUCUGGGUAGCUGUCAAAGAUAGCGCCUUCGUUAUUAGGGUGGAGGCAUUUGUGCACAUAUGUACGUAUUCGUUUCAUUGUGAUUAUUUCACUACGUAGAUCAGGAGUAGUUUAAGAAAAUUUUAAUAAAUGGGAUAUCCCUAUUCACCACUUAUAAAAAUUAAGCUUUUCAAAGCCAUUUUUGAUAUUUGAUUUUAAAAGUUCCUUUUUAUAUUGUUUUCCUGGUUUGUUUUAUCCUGUUGAAUGUUUCUAAUUCAAGUUGCCAAUUCGUGAGGCUGUUCAUUGUUGACCAAAUUCAUCUCAUACUUUGGCCAAAUCCCUCAAGAUGAUAGUCAGACUCGAAAAAUACAGGGCACUGGGCUUGCAAAUAGUUUUUGUCCUCUCAACGUCCUGGGCAACUUUCGCUUUAUUUUGAAAAAUUACCACGUGCUUCCAUUAAAUGUAGCAAUAUUACUGAACUAUAUGAAGCUGAAUUUAAAUUAAUCCCGAAACAUGAAGUAAACUUUUCGGAAUAACAUAGUUCCAAUGAUAGUUUGCUCAUUGAGUAACUACCUGCGAGGUAAAAUAUCAUUGGACACAUUCACCGUGGGUAGAUACAUGACAGGUUGUGAUCUCUACCAGCCUGUUGCUUAUCGGUAAAGCAAAAUUUGUUAUAUUAUCUGUUUAUAUUUAUAUUAUUGAUACAAAUAAACAAAUGUUUGCAAAGUAAAGGACUUGUAUUUUCGGUGCUGCAAUACAAUUAGCUCUCAAUGCCCAAAGUUAGACGGUGUUGCAGGAGUGUCUAGACAUGAAGGGCCAGACCUUUUCGCUGGUCCUUGCUGUCUUUUGCACCUCAUUUGUCACAUUGACCCAAUCUGGAAGUUGGGAGGUGAAUAAGAUUAAAAUAACAACCGGCGGCAGUAAGUGCAUCGAUCCCGAGGACUGCCAUAACAACGGAAUAUGCAAGGCUGCAGUUGGUGGCAAUGGGAAUUGUAACUGCCUGGUGGAAUUUGCUGGCCCUAACUGUGCAGUUCCAUCGAAAGACAACUUAGGCAAAGCUUUGCCGGCCACUGGAAGUAAAGGAGCCAGGAAUAUACCGGCUAGAAAACGAGCAAAGGUUCAUACAUCUUUAAAAGGAACAAAGAGAAAACUUAACUAUGACGCUGGCUCGAACAUAUAUGGCCUAACGCCAGAAUCCUUGGCGGAAGCAGAGCAGCCAUUUUUGAUUUACAACCCUGAUAAGAAGGUCUACUGUUAUGUGUCCUAUGAUGAAAAGGCUGUUGGUGAACAUAGUCCUUACGUAGAGGCAAGGGCUGAUCGAUUUGGAGCUAGAAAUCUUUUCAAAUUUGUUAAAGUUCCAGCUACUAAUGGCAAGUUCUACAUCCACAACAUCGAUAAAAAUAAAUAUAUUUUUGUAAGCUAUAGCAAGCCUGGACUCCUUAAAUUCUGGGAUAGCAAUCUAUUUGCUGCUGAGUCAAUACCAACUGAACCAGAUCUGAAAAAGAGGUUCAUGUUUGAGUUUGAAGACGAGGAUGGUGAUGGAUUUUACAAAAUUAAAAACGAUGGAAAAUACCUUUACAUCUCCAGUCACACAACAGGGAUACCCGCAAGCAAUCUAGUGAAAGCCACCAACGGAAAAAAUCUCAAAAGAUGGAGCUCACAGUACUUUCAAUUUGCGCUGAAAGAGAAAAUCAAGGAUAUAGUGUUCAAAGUAACCGGCGAUGCUGUACCAAAAAGUAAAUCUGUUGACACAGUGAUCGACAACCAGCAGAGCACAAAAGUCUGCUAUAGAGGCAUCAAAGGCGAAGCCGAUCAGGAUACAAAAAUCGAAUUUAGAGAUGACUUCUCAGAAAUACGCUCGUACUCUAGGCCUGAUGGGUUUUCCUUCAAUGGAGAACUGAAAGCUACCUACGGCUCGGCCUCCUUUGAUUACACGAGUACCGAAGCAACUGCUGAAACACAGAAAUUCAUAAAAACAACGUUGAAAUCUGCCAGCCUAAAAUUACCAGUAAACAAAUGCGCAUGUGUCACAAUUACAUAUGAAGCGAUGGAAUACAUGCAACCUUAUUUGCUUGAAGCAAAGUCAAAGGAAGGCAAGACCUUGCUUGCCAAAGGGAAUAUUGAAGGACAACGACUUACCAACUUUGAAGCAAAUGCCUUCGUUUCAGACUUUAGGGAACAUUUUAGAUGUCCUCAUGAGGUGUGAUGUUUGAAGCUUUUUUAACUGGAAAAUGUGACUAAGAGAUUAUGACACUUGUAAAAUAUAUUUUCCUUUCGUGUAUUAGUGUAAAUAACCAGCCUCACUUAUUUAUAUAUUUCUUAUUUUUCUCCUUUGUUGCUAAUUACUUGUUUAAUUUUAAGUAUCACUGGAUAGCAUAAAAUUUAGCUCUAUGUUUUAUGACUAUGAUUGAGAUACAUUUUUUAAUAUCUAUGAGUUAUUGUAUAUUUGUCUUCCAAUGCUUUUUUUGCAUGUAUACUUUACAUAUAUCUUCUGAGUAUUCGUAAUCCUUAAAUUUCCACACAGGAUACCUCGUCACUUAAAAGUUUCAAUGUUUGUUUUCACGGCAAUCUUUAAAAAUCCUGAGGCAAAAUGCUUUUUGCAGUUCAUAGCCUCUUAUGUUUGAUCAUGUAGAAAAUAUUUGUGUAUAAAAGAUUUUGCUUUACGAAGGAAAAUCUACUUUUUGACCAUUUGCCAGUUGAAGAUGAAAUUAUAUUUAUACAGAGGAAUAUCUUUCAAUUAGAAAAACGUGAAAGAUAAAUGUGCUUUUGAAAUGCUAAAUCAUCUUUACCAGCCAAAGAACCAAAUUGAGCCCAUCUAUAGCACAUCCAUGGUGGUAGACAUUAACCAUUUAUAGCAAUGAAAAUUUGUUCAAUAGCUGACACUGAAUGCAUGAGGAAGACGUAUCCAAUAUUUUCAAUGGGUUAAAGGUGGUGUCACCAAUUGUUUUCUUUUUUCACUCUCGAAAAUGUAACUUAAUGUACGGAAACAAGAAUUGACUUGUAUAUAGCAAAUGAUGCUUGAUAAGGCCCGUUCACUAUUAAGUGAUUUCCCAAAUGCAUGGAGGUCGGUUUAUGUAGAAAUCAUGUACUUUAUGGCAAUAAAUGUUUUGUGUCAAACGAGACAGAGGUAGAAAUAUGGGAGGGGGGAGUGAUUUCGGUGAACGCCUUGGUACAAGAAAUGGUGAGAGUUUGGAAGCGUGUCAUAACAUAGGAACAAGAUUUGCUCGUUUAUACCGACGAUAAAGACCGAAGACCUUUCUUUUACUUCCACCUUCUCUACAACGGUCAUUUGCGUCCUCCAUCUACUCUACCUUUACAAGCGAAAGAAAAAAAGGGACGGCCACCGGUUGAAACUGUCGGGGCAAGAAGCCCAGACCGGACGUCAAUCCCUUUGUUUUCGCUCAACAUACCAAAACAGAAAUAGGUUAUCAAAAAUGUAUAUCCCAAUCUUCACUGUAUCGAAACUUUACUUCCACAGCGAGUACAGACAAUGAAAAGAUAUUUUCAGGUGCCAUGAUUCCUCAACUUGCUGCUCAUAAAUUAUUUUUGAAAUCUUCAGAUGCAAAAUUUGCGUCAGUGCCUCUCUAAAUUCGUUUAGUCGCUUAAAACAUUUUACUGUUUAUGGGCGUAAUUUCGUUACUUUUAAUUAAUUUUGUUUCAAAACAGAAUUCAUAACUUUAUGAGGCCCCUUCACCUCGAGGCCCUGAGGCAAUUUGCCCCCUUUGCCCCCCUCUCGGUCCAAAGGCGAGCUGUAGACUCUAGGAAAAAGCUACCAGUAGAGAAUGCCAUGGGCACUUGCAAUGUAUGGACAAGACCGAGCAAGGAAGAUUAUGGAUGUGAACUUCUGAGGACAGGAAAAGUUGGGGGUAGAGGACACGAGAAACUUAUUCUGUCUAGGUAUGGAAAAGUUCAACAUUUUUUACCAUUCGUUCUAUUUCGUUGUUGCAUUUGUAGUCUUAAAUUUUGUCAUCACUCAGCAGUAAUGUGAAUAUCAAUUUAUACUGUCACCAGCAUUGCAAGUUAAGAUGAAAAAUGAAAUUCAAAGUUCAAUAACGCCAAUUUUAACUCAAAUAACUUGACACUGCCAUAAAUACAAUUUAGAAUAUUAUCGAGUAGAUUUCAC